AUGUUUGAACGUUUUACAGAAAAAGCUAUUAAAGUUAUAAUGUUAGCUCAAGAAGAAGCAAGAAGAUUAGGCCAUAAUUUUGUUGGUACAGAACAAAUCCUUUUAGGUCUAAUUGGUGAAGGAACAGGUAUUGCUGCACAAGUUUUAAAAUCCAUGAACGUUAAUUUAAAAGAUGCUCGAAUAGAAGUAGAAAAAAUUAUUGGUCGUGGUUCUGGGUUUGUUGCAGUGGAAAUACCUUUUACUCCUAGGGCAAAACGAGUUCUUGAAUUAUCAUUAGAAGAAGCAAGACAGUUAGGCCAUAAUUAUAUAGGUACAGAACAUUUAUUGAUGGGAUUAGUACGUGAAGGUGAAGGAGUUGCUGCACGUGUACUAGAAAAUUUGGCUGUAAAUGUUUCUUCUAUUAGAACAGAAGUCAUUCAAAUGUUAGGUGAUAAUGCAGAAGCUAGUGCUAAUGGUAAUAGCAAUAUGCAAGCAAGAAGCAAAACACCUACUUUAGAAGAAUUUGGAUCAAAUUUAACUGAGUUAGCAAUAGAAGGUGUACUAGAUCCUGUUGUUGGUAGGCAAAAAGAAAUAGAGCGAGUAAUUCAAAUUUUAGGUCGUAGAACUAAAAAUAAUCCUGUAUUAAUAGGCGAACCAGGUGUUGGUAAAACUGCUAUUGCAGAAGGUUUAGCUCAAAGAAUAGCUAAUAGGGACAUUCCUUCUAUUUUAGAAGAUAAGCUAGUUGUUACAUUAGACGUUGGACUUUUAGUUGCAGGGACAAAAUAUAGAGGUGAGUUUGAAGAAAGAUUAAAAAGAAUUAUGGAUGAAAUUAAGUCUGCAGAUAAUGUAAUUUUAGUUAUAGAUGAAGUUCAUACAUUAAUAGGUGCAGGUGCAGCUGAAGGUGCAAUAGAUGCUGCAAAUCUAUUGAAGCCAGCAUUAGCCCGAGGUGAAUUGCAGUGUAUAGGAGCUACUACUCUUGAAGAGUAUCGUAAGCACAUAGAAAAAGAUGCUGCAUUAGAAAGGCGUUUUCAGCCAGUAUUAGUAGGUGAGCCAAGUGUUGAAGAAACGAUAGAAAUUUUAUUUGGUUUGAGAGAUCGUUAUGAGAAACAUCAUCAGCUGAAAAUGUCAGAUAGUGCUUUAGCUGCGGCAGCUAAAUAUGCUAAUCAAUAUAUUUCAGAUAGAUUUUUGCCAGAUAAAGCAAUUGAUUUAAUUGAUGAAGCAGGUUCUCGUGUACGUUUACUAAAUUCUCAACUACCACCUGCUGCAAGAGAGUUAGAUAAAGAAUUGAGAUCAGUAUUAAAAACGAAAGAUGAAGCAAUAAGAGCUCAAAAAUAUGAAAAAGCAGAGCAGUAUAGAACACGUGAAAUGGAAAUCAAAGCUCAAAUUGCUGCAAUUGCACAAAGUAAAAAAAGUGAGCCAGAUUUACAAAUAGAAGAUCCUAUUGUUACAGAAGAAGAUAUCGCUGAAAUAGUUGCAUUUUGGACAGGGAUUCCUGUAACUAAGCUAACUAAAAGUGAAUCUGAAAAAUUGAUGCAUAUGGAGGAAACAUUACACAGUCGUAUUAUAGGUCAAGAUGAAGCUGUAGUUGCUGUCUCAAGAGCUAUUAGGAGAGCACGAGUAGGUUUAAAAAAUCCUAACAGGCCCAUAGCUAGCUUUAUUUUUUCUGGCCCUACUGGCGUUGGUAAGACAGAAUUAACUAAAGCAUUAGCGUCAUAUUUUUUUGGUGCGCAACAAGCAAUGGUGCGUUUAGAUAUGUCCGAAUAUAUGGAAAGACAUACAGUGUCAAAAUUAAUAGGUUCUCCUCCUGGUUAUGUUGGAUAUAGUGAAGGAGGCUAUUUGACGGAAGCUGUUAGAAAAAGGCCAUAUACCGUAAUUCUUUUUGAUGAGAUUGAAAAAGCUCACCCAGAUAUCUUUAAUCUUUUAUUACAAAUUUUAGAAGAUGGACGAUUAACUGAUGCUAAAGGUAGAACAAUUGAUUUUAAAAAUACUUUGUUGAUAAUGACAUCUAACAUCGGUUCUAAAGUUAUUGAAAAAGGAGGUGGUAGUCUUGGUUUUGAAUUAGGCGAAUCUCAAACAGAAUCUCAAUAUAAUCGUAUUAAGUCAUUAGUCAAUGAAGAGUUAAAGCAAUAUUUUCGCCCAGAAUUUUUAAAUAGAUUAGAUGAAAUUAUUGUAUUUAGACAAUUGACUAAAGAUGAAGUUCGAGAAAUAGCAGAUAUUAUGUUACAAGAAGUAUUUGAGCGUAUUAAGCAACAAGAAAUAGAAUUAGAUGUUACAGAAAGAUUUAAAAAUCGUUUAGUAGAUGAAGGCUAUAAUCCUAGUUAUGGUGCUCGUCCACUACGCCGUGCUGUUAUGAGACUUUUGGAAGAUAGUUUAGCAGAAGAAGUUCUGUCUGGAAAAAUAAAAGCAGGCGAUAGUGCUGUCGUGGAUGUAAAUGAUGAUGGUAAAGUAACAGUUCUAUUAGGAGAAAAAUUAGAGGUAUUAUCAUCAUAA